GAUCCUUUUAUAGCACGCAUUCUCUCUCAUUCCCUCAUUUUUCUCUUCUCCUUUAAACUCCUCACCGGCGAACGUCUUUAACUGUCUUCCAAUUCUCGCUGGCAAUUUAGUUUCUCUCCUUAAUCUCUUGUAGCUUCCAGUCAUUCACUCGGUCCUUCUCCCACAACAAUCAUGAAUAACGAAUAUGACUAUUUGUUUAAGCUUUUGCUCAUUGGAGAUUCUGGUGUUGGCAAAUCGUGUCUGCUUUUGAGGUUUGCUGAUGAUUCAUAUCUCGAGAGCUACAUCAGCACCAUUGGAGUUGACUUUAAAAUCCGCACUGUGGAACAGGAUGGAAAAACCAUUAAGCUCCAAAUUUGGGACACUGCUGGCCAAGAGCGUUUUAGGACAAUCACUAGUAGCUACUAUCGUGGGGCUCAUGGCAUCAUUGUCGUUUAUGACGUCACAGACCAAGAGAGCUUCAACAAUGUUAAGCAAUGGUUGAAUGAAAUUGACCGCUAUGCAAGUGAAAAUGUGAACAAGCUUUUAGUUGGUAACAAGUGUGAUCUUACAGCAAACAAAGUCGUCUCCUAUGAGACAGCCAAGGCAUUUGCUGACGAAAUCGGAAUCCCGUUCAUGGAAACAAGUGCCAAAAAUGCCACCAAUGUUGAACAGGCUUUCAUGGCCAUGGCUGCUGCAAUCAAGAAUAGGAUGGCAAGCCAACCCGCCAUGAACAAUGCUAGGCCACCAACGGUGCAGAUUAGAGGACAGCCUGUCAACCAGAAAUCCGGUUGCUGCUCGACUUAAAAGAGAAUUUAGUGACAGUGGACGUAUGAUCAUUAUUUGUGUUUUUGUGGAAUGUAAAACUAGUUCUCUCUUCUUCAUGCGAUUAUUUGUCAUGAUUUGCUUUUCCUGCCAGUUCAACAAUCUUCUAAUAAUUCCAUUCUUUUCAAUGUAUUUGAUUUAAAAACAAAAAACAUUUGUACAAAUUAGGAAUGUUGGUCAAUAGCAGUAUUUCUCUUGCUGUCCCC